AUGGCCGUCAACAAUCUUGCUACUGGGAAAACUAAAUUCCUCAUGGCAUUUGACAAUAUCUUCCAGCGGUUGUGGUGGCGCGGAGUCAGCGACCUACUACACCCGCUUCCAAGGCGCAACCACCAGGCAGAACUCUGGCUCGAUUCCCCACUCCCAUGCGGAGGACAAAGAGGCUCCAAGUACCGGCCGGCAGAUCUCGCACGUGGAUGA